CAGGCGCUAUCCCGGUACUCCAGUCUCCAUGGUGACGAAUGCAAACCCGGAGCUCAUCGGCGCUCUUUUCAAACCACUUUAUCGCGGAAAGCUGUCAGCUCCAGCGUUUUUCACUAUUUAACAUUAACGAAGAACCAUAAAUCAAGCCAUAAUGCAUCUCUGGUGAAAGAUACGGAUUCUGAAAAGACGUUUAUGCCGGUGAAGAUGCUCGAAGUUGACGUUAGUUAGGCUAACGGAGGCUAGCUGUCAGGAUAGCAGCGUCCUAUCGAGCAAGUGCCACAUCGCAGCCAUGAACAGCAGCGCAGAGAGGAAGUUCGUCAACCUGAGGAAACGUCUGGACCAGCUGGGCUACAAACAGCCGCUGGGGAUAGAGUCACUGCCACUGGUGGAGAAACUGUUAAGUGACCUGGUCCACACUACUGAAAGCCUGCGCAAUGCCAAACUGUCAACAGGGAAAACUGAGAAAGAGAGCAGAAACAUCGAUGCUCUCCUGGAGCCAUACAGGGCAGAGAAUGCUCGAGCUGUCAGGGAGAACAACGAGCUUCACCUCGAGCUUCUGAAGCUGAAGGAGGAGAAGGACCGAGUCACCAGAGAGCUCAAGACUCACAUUCGAAAACUAGACCACGACACGUCCGACCUGAAGUUUUUGAAUAAUCAGUAUGUGCACAAAGUCCGCUGCCUGGAGAAGGACAGCAAAGCUAAAGCUGAACGCAUCCAGCAGCUGCAGGAGAAGAACAUGCAGGCUGUGGUGCAGACGCCAGGUGGAAAGAAGCGCAGCAUCCCUUUCAGACGUCAGAGAAUGCAGAUUGAUGAGCUUAUACCGUCCUCUUCUACUUCAGCAUACCCUGUCUCUCAGCCUGAUGAUCCGUUCAUCGCUGACCUGCUGAUGCUGGCAGAUGGAAGAAUUAAUGAGCUUCAGGAAGACAUCAUAAAGGUCAAACUUGAGCUGGAAAAUGCUCAAGAAUAUAUAAAACACUUAAAUAAUCAGGUGGAAGAGAGGGACAGAGAGAUCGAGCGGCUUAAUCGCACUCUUCACGGAGGACGGCCUCAUGAUGUCAUUUCCCUAGAGGCUCAAAACAUUGGUAACGAGAAACUGAUCGACCAUCUUAACCUUCAGAUUGAAUACCUGCAAGAGUCCAACAGGACUUUGCAGGAGAAGGUAGAGGGGCUGCAGCAGAAGAAGAAGGAUGCCACCACAGAAGUCGCCAACCUGUCUCUGAAGAACCUGGAGCUGUGUGAAGAGCUGACGCACAUCGACGACCUGGCCAAGCGGAUGGAGAUGGACAAGGAGCGAGUGUUAGAGACGGCUGACAUAGAGCUGCAUGAUGCUAAAAAAGAACUGCUGAGACAGCAAAAAAUCAUUGAGAACCUGGAGGAUAUAAUCACAAAAACAAGAAGAAAGCAGUCAGAACAUGACUUUGAAAAAGACCGCCUGGGAGACGAGAUGUCGGAGCUCAAAGAGCAGAACGAGAAGAUGGAGGGACUGGUGAACUUCCUGGAGGAGGAGAAAAUCAGGCUGCAGGAGAAAAUGGAGAAAAUGACGGCAGCUGACAAAGACCUGGUUCUGGAGCUGGAAGCUAUGCGAGCCAAACAUGGUGUGUGUGGAAGAGAGCGCUCCCCGUCACGUCUGGAUGCAUUUGUUAAAAGUCUAGAGGAGGAGAGAGAUUAUUAUCGGCAGGAGGCCGAGCGCUACAAGGGCAUCAGAGGAGCUGCUGGUCUGGAUUCAAGCCCCAGUCGUAGUCCAGGCAGGAGUCCUCGGUCCAAAGUGAGGAGGGGCGGUGCUGCAGAGGUCGAGCUGCUCCGCGUGCUGAAGGAGAGAGACGAGCUGAAGGCCGCUCUGCUGGACUUUGAGAGGCACAUGGAGGAGAUCCAGAACAACGUGAAGGUUCUCAGCACGGAGAGAGACCAUUUCAAAAAACUUUUAAAACAGGUUCAGGAUGAGCUGAGGUUGGCCCGUAGCUCAGAUCUGUCCGAUGACCUCGUGAACCUGAAGGAGGAGCUCAAUCGGGCAGAAAUCCAAAUGCAGCAGGUGACGGCUGAGAGAGACACACUGAUGGAGAGACUGAAGGUUGCUCAGACUUCAGCUCUCACAGACAGAGAGGAGAGGAGGAUUCUGGACCUGGAGAUCUCCGUUAAGAGUUUGGAGCGGGAGAGGCUGGACCUGCGGUCUCAGGUGUGUCUGCUGAAGGAGAACAGGGAGGCUGCGGAGGAGGAGCUGAAGGUUCGGUCUGCUGCGCUCCUUCAGGGUGUAGAGGAGGUCACACAGCAGAGGGCGGAGUCCAACGCUUUGAGGCUGCUGCAGGAGCAGAUGGAGCAGUCACUGUCUGACACACAGCACAGGCUGUCUGUGAAGAUGAACGAGCUGCACGCUGCACACGAGCUGAUAGACAACCUGGAGAAGAGAAUAGAGGAGCUGAGUCAGCACGGCUCAAAGCACAAAGAGGAGGUGUCAGCUCUGCAGAAAUCCAUCUCUGCCCUGGAUAGAGAGAAAGAUGCUCUGCAGGAUGAGGUGGAUCAAAUGACUGAAAAACUGGUUGUUCUCCAGGAGGAGUUAUCUAAGAAGGAGAAGACGGUUGAAGACGUGAGACUCACAGUCACAAACAUGGACAACGCACUAGCCCAGCUGCAGGGGGCGCUAAACAGUCGAGAGAGGGAGAUCGGCAGCCUGAGGAGGCAGCUGGAGGCCGGUCAGGAGGAGCUAAGUGGACUCAGGAGGGACAAAGAGAUCACCAUCAGAGAGAACAGGAGGCUGCAGGACGACCUGGCUACAAUGACCAGAGAGAAUCAAGCUGUUCAUGUGGAGAUAGAGGAGGCUCUGCAUGAGAGGGACGAGCUGAAGAUGAGAGUCCACUCGUACAUAUCGGAAGUGUCUCGAAUAGAAAAAGUGAUGGCCACAAAGGAGCAGGAGAACAGGGACCUGCUGGAGCGUUUCAUGACGGCUCACUCUGAGGUGGAGCAGCGGGAGCAGAAGCUGCAGCAGGCUGAAGGUCUGAAUAACUCCAUCCGUCUGGAGCUGCUGUCUUCAGACACGGAGCGCCGACACCUCCGAGACACCAUCGGACACCAGGAGAGAGAAAUACAACAGCAUACUCAGGCCCUGCAGGCGUACGAUGCUCAGGUGUCGUCACUUGCUCGUGGGAUGUCCCGACUAGAGGAGGAGCUCCACAAAGCUCAGGAAGAGAAGGCGGCUCUCCUCUCAGAUCUGGCUUCUGUCAGGGAGCUGUGUGUCAAACUGGACUCCGGGAAGGAGCUCACGGCCCGGCAGCUCACCUCCAGGAGUAUGGAUCUGGAGAGGUUGACAGGAGAGCUGGAGGACGUUCGCUCAGAGGCUGAGCUGCUGAAGAAACAGCUGGCCAGUGAGCGGUUGACCGUCCGUAACCUGGAGACGCUCCUCUCCUCCAAUCGGCACAAAGAGUUCCAAACCCAUCUGACGGCCAGCGAGAAGGAGUCUGAGCUGAAGGUCCUACGUGAUAGGCUGACCCUGGCCGACAGCAAAACUGUGGAGCACAGCAGGGAGGUUUCUCAGCUCCGCGGUAAAGUCUCUCAGCUGCAGACGGAGAUGGACGUCCUGAAGAGACAGCUGACCUCUGAACGCUUCGAACGUGAGCGGGCAGUGCAGGAGAUGCGGAGACAGGGCCUCUCCUUCUCGUCCCUGCACAGCUCUUUACCUCUCAGCAGCUCCAGCAGUCAUCACCACACGUCUCCUGACCGCUCCAUCCUCCGAACCCUCAACCGAUCCUCGGACAAGUCAGCAGACAGGAGUGUGAGCUUCAAGGAUUAACAACAGAAGAGACACUAAUUAGGGCGUCAAUCAGUGAGUCAGAAACCACUAGAAGCUUUUUUUCUUCUUGUCUCGAGUCGGGACUUGAACUGUGACGACUCUGGUGAGCCUCAGUGUUGAUUAACCUGAAACUUAUCUCAGUGCCACUUAGUGAACCGGGUGAAAUCCUGCCCGGGGCUUCACUGAAGCUGACGACCGCACUAACAGCCAAACAAAAAUAAAAUCAAGCUCUCGGCUGAGCUUUAAGGAGGAGGUGUUGUUUCUGAAACCAACUACGACCUCGAACAUGUAGCAAAUGAAGUAUUCAUUCAUUCCUGUGGUUAUUUGUUUUCCAACGCUUUAUAUUCAUGUUUUAAUAAUGUUUAAAUUAUUCACAAAAAUAAAAGGAUGAACAAAUAAGUAAAAAA